CUCUGCAUGAACACAAAGUCUGGCUAGGUUUUCGACCAACGAGGCAGAAGCAUAGGCAGAUCAACCAGAGACUUACGAUUUGAGAAACAGAAAAGAAUUUUCAUUUAAAACCGCYUGAGCUUGGAGAUUGGGGUGAAUUAAUUGUGGCCUAGGAUGAGGACAGUAUCCAUUUUGAACGUCUCAUAUGGAGAACUACCAAGACUAGACCUGAGGAGAGUCUGAGUCUGAGCUGUAACCAUGGGAACGAGGAAGGAGGUGGCACAGCUGGAAAGCAGGCUGGACGUGGAGGAUUAUCAAAAAUUAAAGAGCCUUUUUAUUGACUCCUCUGGUGCAUCUUGCUCUCUGUCCAGAGCUGAAUUCAUCGAUCUCGCCUGCAGAGCAGUUGGCUGUGGGUCUGGAGAGGAAUACGGUCUUCUGUUCGAUGGCGUGGUUGUCGCUCAGAGGCCUCGCAAUCUCCUCAUGGGCCGUGACGACAAGGAGGAGGAAGGGCGUGUCGACUGGUCGGGGCUGUGCUCWUUUCUGCUACUGGAACUUUCUGAGAAAGUUAAAAAGAGCAGAGGCAUUCCAGCGCCAUCCUGGAAGCCACCGUGCACCUUGACUUCUCCGCAUCGAGACCCUGUUCAAAAGGUGUUGUACCUUCAGAGUUCAGCUUUGUAUCUGACUGUGAGUAAAGGAGGAACCAUGGUGCUGCGAGACGGAAGGGACUUGUCCAUUCUGCACGCCCGUCGCCUGCAAAACAACACGGUCGCGCCCAAGGACCUCUGGGUCACAGAUGUCGUGCUUCUGCAAAACACGAAUCAGAUAGCCGUGUCUUUCACAUGUAAAGAGGUGUGUUUUUAUGACAUGCCACCUAUACAAGACUACAGAUGCAAAUAUAAACUUCAGGGUUGGAGGUUUGUACCCUGGUGUCUGGACUACUGGGUGGAUCCAUCUGAMCCUGACCAGGCUGUGCUCACCGUAGGAGAUACUGGAGGACAGGUCAGUGUGUUAUAUUUCACUUCAGCUCAGGUCUCCUUGUUUGAGAGACCCAACAUGAGGAUAGAUUCUGACUCAGCACACGUCAUCCUGUGGGAUGACCUGGUCAAAGGCAAACAUCACUGCUGUUAUGUCGAGGCACACCAAGCACACGCACCAGACUGGGCCAGAAAAGUGCGCUACCUGGGCUCACUUGAGGCUGUGGUGUCUUGCAGCACCGCACCACGCUGCAGCAUGGUGAUUGGCUGGAAGGCAAAGGACAGCAGGAGUCUGCAAGUCUCCUUUCAUGUCACAAAGAGGGGUGUGUGGGAUGUGGAUUACCACCACGGACUCAAACUGAUAGCCACAGCAGGUGUGGAUCAUCAGGUCUUGCUGUGGAACCCUUACGUGGCCUCUAAGCCAGUGUGCGCUCUCAUCGGGCACUCGAGCCCCGUCAUCGCUGUUAGUUUCCUGCAAACCAAGAAGCAACUGUUCAGCUAUGCCAAAGAUAAGGUGCUGUGUCUGUGGGAUGUGCCCAGCCAGCUGUGUGUUCAGCAUGUGGCUGGAUUCUUCCCAAAGUGUGGAGGACCAUCCCAGGAGGACCAUCAUGUGCUCCUGUUUUACCAAGAGGAGCAUCGGCAGCUUCUGUUUUCCUUGAACAGCCAGCUGCUCCUGCUGGAGGCCCUGAAGGAGAAGAGGUCCAGCAGCCAUGAGCACCCGGUUACCUGUGUGCUUUAUAACAGUCUGUUCAGACAGGUAGUCAGCAGUGACUCUGCUUCCUCUGUGAUCUGCUGGCUGGCAGACACGGGCCAAAAAGUCAAACAGUUCAACCGUUGCCACGGGAAUGCGGAGAUCUCCACCAUGGGCCUGGAUGGUACGCAGACCCGGCUGUUUACCGCAGGCGCUGAUGGAGAAGUCAAAGUGUGGAACUUCAGUGGCCAUUGCCUUCACAGAAUGAAUGCUGGGCUGGGUCAAACUGUGAACAUCUCACAAGUCUUGUCAUUGAGGAAGGGCACUCUGGUCAUGGGCUGGAAAAGGGUUUUAACAGUUUUCUACUCACAUUCCUUCUCUCAGCCUGUUGUUGAGCCCUCUGAGUGGAACGGAAGUGUUCAGCACCGCAGUAAUGUCGUCUGUGCUGCGUUCCAGCCUCCACAAACCCUUGCAACAGGAAGUGAUGAUGGAGAGAUCAUCGUGUGGAACAGCAGCACAGAAAAGGCUGUGAAAACACUGCAGCGACAAGAGAGCUCCACUGUCAUCACCAGACUGCUUUUCAUACCUGAACGCACCUCAGCUAAAGGUGGUGCAGAUUUGGUGUCCUGCGGUGGUUUGGGUGCUGUCCAGCUCUGGAACGUCCACCACGGACACCUGGUGGGACGGUUCACAGCACACCAAAUGAAUUUGGGAUCUAUUGUCAUGGCCGUCAGUCCCUGUGGGAAAUAUUUAGCAACAGCCGAUAAAAAGGGAACAAUCAUWACGUGGGACAUAGAGCAUUACUGUGUCAAGCCAGAGGAACAAGUUACCAAAGAACUCCCCAAACUGCUGCAUMGUUUUCAUCCCCACCUUGAUCACGUGACCCAUUUGGAGAUAUGUAAACACGGUGAUCAACUUCUCCUCCUGUCGUCAUCAUCGGACUGCAGCGUAGCUCUGAGCUACCUGCUGGGAGAGACCGUUGGUUUGUUCGGACAGAAGGACUCUUGGAGCUUGGACCGAUUUCAACCUACCACAGAAAAUAGGGUGGAACCAAAGAGGGAGAGAGGAAACCAGGCUGGAAGUACCUCGGAGUAAUGUUAACCCCGGACACGAUGUAGAGGAUAUAAAGAUGUAAUUAUAAAUUGAGAGUGAAAGCAGUGGGAUACAGAUAGAAGUGGACAAAAAGAACCUGUAUCCAGGUGUAGACUGUGCAUCAAUAUAUUGUAUUUACCGUAUGUGUUUUCUGUUCKUACUGUAACUGCUUUCAUGUUUUAACUUUUAUAAAUAUUUAAUAGAA